UCUAGAUUGAUGAUGGCGUGUGAGAGAGCAAAAUACGUUUUGAUUAUUUGCCGGCGCAAGCAAAGGGUCACGUUCCACUAACUUUCAAGAUUCAACAAAACCCACUUUCUAUAGUUUUAUAUGUUCAUUUUUUUCUGCUAAAGUAUUUUUAUAUGUUCAUAUUUCUCUUUUGUGCCAUCUUUUUAAUAAUUUAAUCUUCCUACAGAAGAUAAUCUCCAACAAAAGUUUUUUCUUACAAGAAAGAUUCCGAGAAGUCUUUUGUGUUUUCAACAAACUCCAGGGUUUUUUCAAUGAACAUGAGCAAUAAACGUAAUCAGCAACCUUCGUAUAUUGCUGAUCAUUUCAGCAGUUUGGAUCAGGUGAUAACUUCUCUGAGAGAAGCUGGACUUGAAUCUUCAAAUCUGAUUCUAGGAAUUGACUUUACCAAGAGCAAUGAGUGGACAGGGAGAUAUUCAUUCAAUAGAAAAAGCCUUCAUGCCAUUGGUAAAAGACAGAAUCCAUAUGAGAAAGCAAUAUCGAUUAUUGGUCGUACUUUGUCUCCCUUUGAUGAAGAUGAUCUUAUACCUUGUUUCGGUUUUGGCGAUGUAACAACGCGAGAUCAAUAUGUAUUCAGCUUUUAUCCCGAGAACAAAAGCUGCGACGGAUUGGAAAACGCAGUUAAAAGAUAUAGAGAGAUUGUCCCACAUUUGAAGUUGUCCGGUCCUACCUCGUUUGCACCGGUUAUUGAUGCUGCCAUCAACAUAGUUGAGCAGAACAAUAUGCAAUACCAUGUUCUCGUCAUUAUCGCAGAUGGUCAGGUCACAAGAAAUCCAGAUGUGCCGCUUGGUCGACUUAGUCCACAGGAAGAAGCUACUAUGAACUCGAUAAUGGCAGCGAGCCAUUACCCAUUGUCGAUAGUCUUGGUUGGAGUAGGAGAUGGACCAUGGGACACAAUGAAACAAUUCGAUGACAAUAUUCCUCACCGUGAAUUCGAUAACUUCCAGUUUGUAAACUUCACGAAGAUAAUGUCAGAGCACAAAGAUGCGGCUAAGAAGGAGGCUGCUUUCGCACUCGCAGCUCUCAUGGAGAUCCCUUUUCAAUACAAGGCUACAUUAAGUCUCAAUAGAAAACCAGUGCGCAGUUCCCAUCAGCACCACAAGCCACUCCCGCCACCACCAGAGGUUAUAGAGCGUGACAAUGCUGUUAGAUCGGUGCCAAAUCAGAUGACAGAAACUGCAGAGAAAAGUGACAGACUCGCUCCUUCCACAGUGCCGGUAUGCCCGAUUUGCUUGACGAAUCCAAAGGACAUGGCUUUUAGCUGCGGUCACACGACAUGCAAGGAAUGCGGAGUUGUUAUCACAACAUGCCCACUAUGCAGACAACCAAUAACAACAAGGAUAAGGCUGUACACUUGACUCGGAAAAAUUCUUAGAGAUGAGACAAAUUAUAUGGUUAAGCACUUGAGCUUCAUGUUUAUACUUCUGUAGAACAUUGUACAGUCCAAGCAGAAGAAUUGUAAAGCAUAAAUCUCGAGUUGUAGUUCAUAUGUAAUUCUUAGCCUGCCGAAACAAGGAGAUAUGCGAGAAGAGUUCUCUUUUUGUAUUAAUCAACAGCUACGUACAAAUAAGCCGAAGAGGUCCUUUUUAUAAC